CAUCGUCGCCUCCAAAUCCAUUGCCAAUUCGAUUCCGCGGGGCAAGAGAGAAGGAUAGAGAGGACUCCAUCGUGAAUCGUCGGAAAUGGCCGUAUCAAGUUGUGCUAGGGUUUUCUCCUCCUUCGAGUGUCGCUCAGAUCCCGAUUUCUCUGCUGCUCCGAGGUUCGAGAAGCUCGGCCAAGGACGAUUCACCGCCCGCCUCAACGCUGCUGCUGCCGGAACGGCUGCGUUUCACGGGCUCUCUUCAUUGAUCCUGAGGUUUCCUCCCAACUUCCAGCGCCAGCUCAGCACCAAGGCUCGAAGGAACUGCAGUAAUAUUGGUGUUGCGCAAAUCGUCGCUGCUUCGUGGUCCAACAACCCUGCUCACGGGGUUCCGGCGUCGUCGGCUGCUUCGUCAGCCGUCGAUGCCGCCUCUGCCACAGCUCCCCUGUCCGUGGCUCCGGCGGAGCUUGCGGCCGAUGACGACGUUGUCGUCUCGGGGGGUUGUGACGGAAAUGGAGCUGUACAGCUUCAGGGUUCAGUCGAUACAUCUUACUCUUCGUUUUUGAGAUCUGAUGGAAGCAUAGCAAUUCAUGCCGCUGAAAGAUUAGGUCGUCGUAUCGUAACUGAUGCGAUUACCACCCCUGUGGUGAAUACUACCGCCUACUUCUUCAAGAAUUCCGCGGGCGUCGUUGAUUACAAGGAGAAACGUCUAUUUAGUUUUGAAUACGGGCGCUAUGGUAACCCGACGACAGUUGUUUUAGAGGAGAAGAUAAGUGCUCUGGAGGGGGCCGAAUCAACUUUAGUUCUGGCAUCUGGAAUGUGUGCUAGCACAGUCCUUUUGAUGGCACUGGUUCCAGCUGGGGGACAUAUUGUCACCACUACAGAUUGCUAUAGGAAGACCAGAGUUUUCAUUGAGACUUUUCUCCCAAAAAUGGGAAUCACGGCCACUGUUAUUGAUCCAGCUGAUAUGGGGGCUUUGGAAACUGCACUGAAUGAAAACAAUGUGUCACUGUUCUACACUGAGUCUCCCACCAAUCCAUUCCUCAGAUGUGUUGAUAUUCAGCUGGUUUCAGAGCUUUGUCACAGCAAAGGGGCUUUGGUGUGCAUUGAUGGUACAUUUGCCACAGCUAUGAACCAGAAAGCCCUUGCACUUGGGGCUGAUGUUGUCAUGCAUUCCGCAACAAAAUACAUUGCUGGUCAUAAUGAUGUUAUUGCUGGCUGUAUAAGUGGUCCAGAGAAGUUGGUUACCCAAAUUCGCAAUUUACAUCAUGUUUUGGGUGGUACUCUCAAUCCAAAUGCUGCAUACCUUAUCAUUAGAGGCAUGAAAACUCUGCAUCUACGUGUACAGCAGCAGAAUUCAACAGCAUUGAGGAUGGCCAAAAUUUUAGAGGCACAUCCUAAGGUGAAGCGUGUCUAUUAUCCAGGCUUACCAAGUCAUCCUGAACAUGAGCUUGCCAAGAGGCAGAUGACUGGUUUUGGAGGCGUUGUUAGUUUUGAGAUUGAAGGAGACUUGUUAACCACCAGUAAAUUCGUUGAUUCACUGAGGAUUCCAUACAUUGCUCCAUCCUUUGGAGGCUGUGAGAGCAUUGUGGAUCAGCCUGCCACCAUGUCUUACUGGGACCUUCCCCAGUCAGAAAGGGCCAAGUAUGGGAUUCAUGACAACCUUGUCCGUUUCAGCUUUGGAGUCGAAGACUUCGAAGAUUUGAAGGCGGAUAUUCUUCAGGCUCUGGAAGCCAUAUAGGGUGCGGUCACCGAGGCCAUGUUGAUUCGGUUCUUGAUCCAUUUUGUUAUCGUUCAUGGUGAAUCAUACUAUGAGUUUGAUCAUCAAUCGCCUUCUGUUGGCUUUAUGUUCAAGGAUUUUCAAUAAUUUUAAUUUCAAUGUUUCUCUAGUUUUGCUGAAACUUCCGGCGGAUGUUUGACCAUCUAUCAUCUUCCUCCCAAAAUAAAGCUGCAAAAGCUGAUAUUUGAAGAGUCGGUUUACUACCGGACUUUUGAUCA